CUAGUUUCAGUAGUAAAGUAAAUUCAAUAAAAGUCUAUACAUGUUAUAUUUGAAGAACGUCUGGAUCUUGUGUUAACGUUUUAGCAUACCGUGUGAUUGAUAGAGUUGGAAAUUAGGUUAAUUUUCGAAAUGGAUCUAAAUUUAAAAAGGCCAUAUCCCAGCGUCAGUUCAGAGCAAGUGGUAGCGAAACGGUUAUGUGAGGAACAGAACGAGUUUAUUGCAAAGCUUGAGUUAUUGCUGAAGAAAUCAGAAAAUGAUGACGCAUUUAUUAUUCUUGAUAUAAAAAAGGAAGCUGCGAACAAGUCAGGCAAACAUUAUCAGUCAAUAAUGACUCGAAUCGAAAUUACCGGAAAAUUGGGUGACAAAAGUUUGUGCCAUAAGACAUUUAUCCGUAAGGUACCAGUGAUAAAUGAAACUUUAAAGGCAUCGAUUCGCAGCGAUGAUUUGUUCCGGACAGAGGCUUAUGUGUAUGAGAAUGCGCUAAGUUUUUGGGGUGCCAUCGGCCCUAAGUGCAUAUUGGCACGUCACGAUGAGAUAAUUCUCGAGGAUUUGUGUGCGAGACGAUUUAAUGUCUGUGAAAUAGAAAGAUUCUUCGACCUCGACCAUUGCUUAGCUGUACUACAACUAUUAACAUCGAUGCAUGCAAAAUCUUUGAGUUUGAAGCUGGCAGAUCCGGAAUCUUUUAAAAACUUGAUUGCACCGUUGACGGAGAGUAUAUCGCCCAAUGAUGAUAGUCCUUCGCUAAGUACUUCUUACGAGAACGGAAUUGCAAUAGCGCUCCAAAUUUUGUUGUCGAUUAAUACGAACGACCCAAAAGUCGAACGUGCAAUCAACUUUUUGCUCUUCUAUCAAAAUAACGUGGUUGCUACGAUGAAGGACCUUAUGAUACCUAAAGAUGGUAACGAUAAAUACUGGGUUAUCACUCAUGGAGAUCUUUGGAAGGAUAACAUUAUGUUUCAUUAUGAUAAUGAUACUGGCCGAAUCGUUAGUAUCAAGAUGUUUGAUUUCCAGAUGACGAGGUACGCCUCUCCGGCGCUCGACUUUAUCUACUUCCUGUAUACAUCUAUUCGACCCGAGGUUAUCCGGGUCGACCUUGAUAGUAUGAUAGCCGAAUAUGAGACUUUUUUCCUUCAUAGUCUUCGUUGCUAUGAUGUAUACGAGUAUGAUCUCGUGCCUUUUACACAACCUGGAUGGUUCGCCAAAGAACUUAAACAAUACGGUCUGCUUGGACUUUUCACCGCACUUAAUACUAUUCAUACCGUUUUUAUAGAUAAGGAAAGGGCUCAGCUCUAUGAACAAUGCAAAAUUUCUGAAGUCUUCAUCCCGCCCGUUCUGACAGAUUUACCAGAAAAAAAUGAAAAGAUACUAUUUAUGAUCGAUCAUUUCAUUACGUAUUUCGCAAACAAUUCUUAAUGCAACAAAUUUCAAGAUAGUUCGAUUUUUACUGGCGACAGAAAUCUAGUUAUGUUUCGUUAUAAAAUUGUCGUCGUUACAUUUUUAAAUUAGUAUAUAUUUUCUAUGCGUUAGUAUUUACAUCAAAGCGAGUUGCAAUAUAAAGAGUAAUUUGUGUAAAUAGUAUUUUUUAUACCUUAGUUAGAAUUAAAAAAUGAUAUUGUUAUAAAUUGUUUAUAUAGGAUAUAUUUUAUAAAUGUGUAAAUAGUGUCGCUUAAUUGAUUUUAAUAUUCACACCAGUGCUGCAUAUGGUCUUUGAAAUUUAAUCGUCAGACUAUUUUACUUCCUAACUUUUAACCAAAUUGUAUAGCAUAUUUAUGUAGCUGUAUUUUUAUGUUAUGUGCGAAACUUAAUUUUAUUUACACUAAUCACGUGAACUCGUGAAAAAGAAAGAUGUAAUUGUAUUUUUGCACAAUUUUAAUACUGGCAGAAUUGCUCAGUGUUGUAUCUGUAUGGGCUAUCUUUUUCAAACGACUUAGCAACUCGUAAAUCCUAAGAUCUAAGUCCGCAAAAAUAUAUUGUACCAGCUCAAACUUUUUAGCUUCAAACUUGUACAUUGAACUAUUAUGUAAUAAACGUUUAGAAUACA